AUGGCUGCUUCACCCGUCACCGCAGUAUGGAAUGUUCGCACCUCGCACGCUUCAUUCUACCUUCCACCGGUUGGCCUCCAAGCUGGUGAACGAGAAUCCCCCACCGUUCUCCAGCCUUCAACAGCAGCUCCAGACACUACAGCUUUCUAUGCUCAAGACAGCGGGGAAGAGGCUUCCACCACCCAGCUCGCUGCUGAUCUAAUGAUCCAGUUCAGGAAUGUCAUCUACGCCGCCGAUGACUUGGAGCUGCGGCAGACCAAGAGGGCAGCGAGAUCCAGCUCAACGUUUACAGAGGAUUCCAGACCGGCGAGGACGACGUUGCAAACCAGGGAAGCAGUUACCCUUCAGCCCUCACUGUCUUCAGCUGAUGGUUCUCAAGCAACACUUGGUCCCCCAGCUAAUGGAAGUUUGCCGAGAUCUGUACCGAAUAACUCUCAGAAGAACCAGGUCAAUGGUUUAGACUUGGCGCUCGAAACCAAUGGCGGCCACGCCGAGGGUGUUGGAUCGCUUGCUUGUCCGCCGUUCAUAUGUAAUUGCUUCCCAACAGCCGAGUCCAGCUCGAAGCAAGCAAGCAGUAGAUCUUCACGGUCUCUGUUCAGCUGCCCAACGGAGAUCGGGCUACAGGGAAGUGGUGGUCGUUCUUCGUGCCAAUGGCCUGUUGCUCUUGACUUCCGGAAACAAUCAAGGACCCCCAGGAAGGAAUUGUCCAUGGAGAAAGGAUUGGUUCCUCUGGUUCUUUGGAUAAGAAGAACCAAAGUUACUGUAAAUGCCCUUUUCAUUUUUGCGUGCUUUAGUUGUGCAAUUGUUCUCUGUCACUCUGAACAGAUAUUUGUUGCAUGCAUCAAUUUUGGGCUGUCUCAGUUUAAAAUAAGAGGCUCAAUUUAAAGAAUUAGAAAUCUGUAGUUUGUUAAUGUUUUGUAUGAUCCCCAACCCUUUCUCUAUGUUCAGACAAAAAUAUACGCCUUCUGUUGGCAAGGAAAGAACAGUGAUCGGUGCCAUGACAUGUUCUUUGGCUCAUCUGUGUGCAGAUCAUUUUCUCUUUGAUGGUUCAUACCUUACUGCCAAUUCCUGUAGCUAGUUUGAUGGUAUUAAAUUCAAUAAUCAACUAAUACUAGAUAACUUUGACAUGACUUCUUUCUCUUCUCUACUUGUUUGGGCAUAUCAGAAGAGUUGGAACUUCUUGAACCUCCUCCACAUGCCUCUCACAACAUGCAAU